AGUGAUAGUAUUAUGGGAUGCAUGUUUGCAACAGCAUCAGUUGGAUACUGCAUCCAGCAUCAGUUAGAUUGAGAAUACUGUCAGCCACAGAGCAGCAAAGAUGUACAGGAAUAGAUCCGAUCCAGCCACGUACCACCCCUGAACCCGUGACGUCAAGCCCAGCCAUUCUUGCGGGGUAUCAAUACGACAGCGAACCACCAACAAUCCCUACUACAUACAUAGUGUAUGCAUCAUCAUCAUCAUACGCCACCGCCUCCUACUCCACCACCAUCACCACCACCACAGCACAACAAUGAACGUCUUCAACGACCAACCCAGCACCCUCACCCUCACCACCCCCAAAGGUUCAACAACAGGAACCACCAUCGCCAUCCUCCUCGAAGAACUCCACCUCCCCUACCACCUCCACUUCAAUAUAGCCCAAACAACCCUCACAGACAUCCACCGCACCGGGCACAGCACCACCCUCGAUACCUUCGACAGCAUCACAUCCUACCUCCUCACGCAAUAUGAUGAGAGUCAUCGGUUCUCCUAUCCCGCUGGAUCACCGGAAUGUGCUGCCGUGAGGGAGAGGGUUCAGAUGUUGAUGGUUCGGAUGGGAGGACAUCAUUCUCGUUCUCAUUCGCUUGCGCAUUCGCAUUCUGAGGAUGGUCAGAAUGAUGGUGGUGAUGGUAAUGGCAGUGAAGAAUCCAUCCCCUCCGUACGGAAGAUACUAAGUUUAUAUCUACAUCUGGAGGAAUAUCUACAGAAAACGCGGAAGAGGUAUCUGGUGGGGGAAAAGUGUACGCUCGCUGAUUUCGCGCAUUUUCCGUACGUCGCGGCCGCCGGGGUGUAUGGCUUGGAUUUGGAACGGUUUCCCGAGUUGACGGCGUGGUAUGAUCGGUUGGCUAGGCAGGGGGCUGUCAGGAAGGGGAUGGAGGCGGUGGGGUUGAGGGUGGAUAGUUCGUAGCAGAGUCAGUGUGGUCGGGGGCAGCUGUUACUGAUACGCUAGGAAGCCGGGGUUCAUCGGUAUCACGGCAAGGUGUGCAUCCAAUAUCUCAUUAGGCGGCUAGUCCGUAUAUCACAUCACGGCCGUUAUGGCAUAUGCCCUCCCUCAGGCACCCCC